AAAAUUUUGCAUAAAAGUCUGCAAUUUUAAAGAACUAAGCAUCAUUUCAAAGUUAUAACCAACUUGUCAAUAAACCAAACAAAAAAAUUCAACAAAAUGUUCAAAUAUUUGCUCAUUGCUUCUCUCUUGGCCUGUGCCUAUGCCGCUUCCGAUGAGGUUCAUGCUGAAGUCAAGGUCUUGGAUUCUGAUGUUCGUCCCGAUGGUUUCGAAUACCAUUUAGAAACUUCUAAUAGCAUUAACACCGGUGCCAGUGGUGAUGAACACGGUAAUAUCCAUGGUCAUUAUGAAUACACCUCACCUGAAGGUGAACACAUUAAGGUGGAAUAUGUUGCUGAUGAAAAUGGUUACCAACCCAGCAGUGAUGUUUUGCCUACACCCCCUCCUGUACCUGCUGCAAUUGUUAAGGCUUUGGAAUAUUUGCGUUCUCAUUCUGCUUUUGAGGAAAAACAUCAUUAAAGAAAAAGAUAUGUUAUUGUUUAGCGAUCAUUAAAUAAAUAUUGAAUAUAUGAACUGCAA